AUGUCAGUGGUGUCCGCGUCUUCAGAACCGGACACAAUAAGAUUGUCCGUUAAUAUUGAGUCCAAUUCAUUAUCCAAGAGAAGACAUAUCACAGGAAUUGUGGAUAAAGUGAUCGGACAGAAGAAGACUAUAAUAAAGUUAUCAGAGAGUGGGGGCACUGUUGAGGAAGAAAUUGAAGAUCAAAAUAGUUGUUGUAUUAGUGAUGAAGACGUAUACCGUUUGGGAGAUUUAGGAUUAAUAAUUCAAUCGCAUUAUGGAAACACCAGGGAUAUAGAGUGGGGUCUAUUCGGGGGCCAAAUAUUUAUGCUUCAGUCGAGACCCGUAACUAAUUUAGACAACUCUUACACCGAUUACGAGAUAAUGCAUGAAAUUGACACUGCUCACCCCACAGAGUUUGAAAUAUAUUCUCGAGCACAUUGGGGCGAGAAUUACCCUGGUGCUUCUACUUGUCUCGUUUUCAGCUUUCUUUGGGCCAAUAAGAGCUCAAUAUUUAGGGAAGUCCUGGACACAGACCCAUCGGCCACAAUGGAGGACUACAACCCAUACAUCGAUUUUAUGGGCUGUUGUUAUAAUCAACUAUUUUUCAAUCUCACCAAUUAUUCAUUCGCGAGAUUCUACGAUUACCCGGAAUCUAAAUCAGCCGAGUAUGCAGUAUUGGCUUUCUUUGGACACCACAUCACCGAUAAGGAUGUGCUGCAAAUGUUUAGGGAAAGGCGUCAAUACGUGAAUAAACCCAAGUUAUGGCCAACACUUAAAUAUUAUGCAAACAUUUUCCUAUUCGGCCGAAAGACAAUGUUUAACACACUCGACAAACAUAUGGGUAAAUACGAUAUGGCGGCCAAACUGAGACAAUACUCCGGUGCCAAACAGGUGUUCGCCGGUCUCAUGAAGGAGUAUGUGGUUACGGACGUCAUGUUUUUUAACCACAGUUGGGCCAGUCAGGGCUCCACCAUUAAGAAUGGCAUUUUGAGAUAUAUUCUCGAAACCGCACAAAAGGACAAUCCAAACCUAGAGAUCGACUUCAAUUCAAUGAUCUCGUCGUGUGAUGAAGUAAUCAGCGCUGAAGUGCCCAAUCGGUUGCGAGAAAUCGCAAUAUCUAUUAGAGAUAAGGAAGGGUUCAGACAAUUGAGUGAUGAGAAGGCACUGGAAAUGCUACAGAAGGGCACCGACGAGGCCUCACAACUGUUCAAAGAAUUCUUGCAAAUUCAUGGCCACAGAGGAUAUAAAGAGAUGGAUCCGUACCACAAGCCAUGGGAAGACAACCCGAUUCCUUGCAUUAAGAAUAUAAAAGGAAUCCUAACUGGUGGUGAUACUUUUUUGAAACCAAAAGUGAUCAAGACUGUCGAUGAAGUGGUCAAUGAGUUACGAACUCCACUGUCAUUCUGGAGACGAUAUCUACUGAGGAAAGUAUUCCUCCCGUGGAGUCGAAAGGGUGUCGGAUAUCGAGAGGUGUCGAAGGGUUUUAUGGUUUGGUUUAACCAUAGGAUACGAAAGGGAUUCCGAUAUUUAGCGCAAACUAUGGUAUCGGAAGGACUCAUACCGUCGAUCGACACCUUCUUCUUCCUGACAAUCGAUGAGAUCGAAAGGCUGUGUAAUGGAGACAGAGAUGCGUUGCUUUUGUCCAAAACUAGACUCAGAAGACGCCUCUUCACACAAAUGGAUAGAUAUAAGUUUGAAGAGAUUAUUAAAGGACCAGAAAUGAGACCCAAAAAUUUUGAAGACUCAAUUCGUGUCAACCAUAUAAAGGAAGGUUCACUUCAAUUGAGUGGAACUCCUGUCAGUUUGGGAACAGUUAAGGCAAGAGUUUGUGUGGCAGAAGAUAUUAUUGAAGCCGAUAAUAUUCAGCCGGGUGAUAUACUGAUCACAUACUCGACAGACAUCGGUUGGAGUCCAUACUUCCCUCUACUGUCGGGU